CUGUUGUUCAUAUUGCACAUAUCUGCUUCGCUUUCCCAUCAACCUCGCUCGGACACAAACCCAAAAUCGCGACGAACAAGACAGGACGACUGGCCCGAGCAUUUACAACCUGUCUUCCGUGACGCCUCGCCAGCAACUCGAUCCCGCGCGCUAAGUGAGCUCGCCGACAGCAUGGCGGAAUCCCUAGCGUUUCGGGAAUGGGCUAAGAACGAAGGUCUUGUGAAAGCAGUACCCAUCUCAGAUUUCGAAGACGCUGUGAUCGGCUAUGAUGCAGAAGACUUCAUCAAUAUUUUACUUGUGCAAGAAGGCACAAGAGAGCCUCUCCUACCCGCUCUUGGCGGCCUGCCGUUUGCCCUGAGGUCUCACAUAGACCGCGAGCUCGCAAACAUCGAGAAGUUCACUAAGAAGAAACCACUAUUUGUGUUUAACGGUCUCGACCUCGAUCUCUAUGACCGUAAGUUCAUCAGCAAAGAAAGCGAGCGAGCUGUCAGAAUUCUGGAAGAAGCAUGGCGAGUGUACGACAAUGGAGAUGGCGAUGCUGCCGUGAGAGCAUUCGAGAGAGCGUGCACAUAUCGCACGGGUCACAUUCUGCGCUUCCUGUACCACUACCUCCACGAAAAGGGCGCCCACGUAAUGGUCGCGCCAUACAGCGCAGCAGCACAGCUGGCAUACACGGACGGCAUCAGAGGUGUGGCGGCCAGCCAUGGCUCCGCAUCAUUGCUCGCAUUCGGCAUUGAUAGAUUUGUUCUGCACUUCGACUGGGACGCGCAGCUGGCCCACUUCAUCGACCGCGAUUCAGCGUUAGCGCAGCUUAACAUGACCACAGAGCAGCUGACGGACCUGCUCAUGUUGUCAGGCCUGCUGAUACUUCCACCAAUUCCCGAAAUCGUCAGAGAGGGUCAAGUGCCGAGCAUUGCUGCCGCGCGACAAGUGCUCGGGCAGGCCGGCAUGAAUGGCUGGCAAGCCGCACAGCAAUCGAAAGACAAGGACUACGAGACAGCAUUUAAGAAGGCGAGGCUUGCAGUCAAAUUCAUGAUUGUUUGCGAACGUAAUGGAGACUACAAGCAGCUCAACUUCAGUGAAUCACCAAAUGAUCUGGCGCAAGUAAUUGGAACACGAUACCCGAUCGAAAUCUACCACUAUCUGAACCGGGGCGUCAUCGGCCCUCGGAUUCUGAAUUGGCGCGCGCACAAGGAGAUAUUUGAGUCACCGCCACUUGAUGGCGGCAGUGCAGCGGCAUACCGUGAGCUUGUGCAAAAGAAACUGCAACCUCUGCAUUUACGUUCGAUCGUGAUACUGAGCUCGCGGUUGGGUCGAUACUACCAGAGUUACAAUGUCGACUUAAUUUGCUGGUUCAACGAGAAGGACAAGCAGACGCUGGAUAUCAAGGGCAAUCCGGCAGUCAGCACACCGAGCAAGGAGCCUGAAAGUUGGCACGUACGCGACAACCUGCGACGAACAUCGUCCGCCGCAGAACGCAUUGAUCUCAACGCAAACCCGAUACACUAUGCCAUCACGUGGUUGUCAGACGAUACACUGGCGAAGAAGUCCUUGACUAAGAGGGAAAAGGAUCAACAUUCAGUACUGACUACUCCGGCGGAGUUGCUCUCUAAUAUUACCUGGCGCUUCCUGCACGAUCGAGGUUACAUCAACUCCUCUGAUCAUACGCUGACAGCGUGGGGUAAAGCCCUCAAGGCGGCAUUCGAAAAGGCCGCAGCAGACAAGUAUCUUGGCGCUACAACGCCGCCGCGCGAGGCAGAAGAAGCUAUCUUCAUCGCCUUCGAGCUAUUGCGCCUGGAUUUACUCAAUGGCAAGGACCUCUUUCCUGGUGUCUCUGGUGGUGCCUCUAGAGGGACAGACCAGGACAAGACGAAUGUGCAGCUUAUCACUCGUGUUGCUACACUGGGAUCAUUCAGGCAUCAAAAUAUCGGGUAUACCGGACCUCUAUCGCGAAACACGCUUGCCUAUCAUCAACUCGCAGCUGCGGUACGCAACAGCCUGCGCGAUCUCGUUGAGGUACAUGCAGUGAACCUCCUGCUUGGGGGCAGUGCGGUGCGCGUCCGCGACUCUGAGGAGUAUGUCGAACUAGGCGGCCGCCUACCAUUCCUCAAGGAGCCCGAUGUUGGGCUCGCGUUGGUGGUUAAGAGUUACCUUGAUGAGAUGUGUCAGCCACCGGAGCGCCGAACCGAUGUGCGGAAGUGGUUCACCCACGCAGAAGAUAUCGACGGCGACAUUCAACGGGCCUGGAAAUUGUGGGGUGCAAUCAACGCAGGCAUUCAGGCUGCCGAUGGGGCAAUCGUGGGCCCCGAGACUCGCGAUGCGUUCGAAGUUGCUGAUAGCUGGCUGCAAGGAAAGCACGUACCACACAUGAACGGGACCAACGGGGCGGACUAGGAUCUCCUCGGUAGGAAACGGGUUGUUGUUGUUGGCUCGAGCCUCACCUGCAACAUGCUCACGCGCAUGCUGAGCGAAGACUAUCCUUCUCCUUGAUGUUUUCAGGAGGCCCCAAGUAUGUCGAUUGCGAAUCGACAAGGCUACACAUCAUGGACUGGGGGGCUUUUCAGAUCUUGCAGCGGUAGAGGAUGUGAAAAACGAGCCAACUCAUACCCCAAAGGCCGAGGCCUGCUCAUUUUGCCAAUUCGGGUGCCUAUCGUACAUUUCAUGUUCUCUGCAUUCAUUACACCCAAUGUCAGCAGCCCUGCCAAUUACCGGAGGCUAUGUGCCCCUUCCAUCUUCGACCUCUAUUCCCGCCGUGCAUCUACAGAGUGAAUUUCCAGCGCGAGUAGCACGCCUUUCCUCAGCACAUAAGGUGUUCUGCUGACGUUCGCGCUUCCUAGCUCCGGGUCGUGGAGCUUCUUGACAUCGCGCUGAAGGUCAAUGUGCGAGAAGCCGUUCGGUGGAAAUGGGCCACCCUCAACCACUGGUAUUUGCGG